AUGAUUUUGUUGGUAAUUUGAUACGUUUUUACUCACAGCCCAUCUUUUUCUUCGCUUUUUUUCUUAUUGUUGUUGUUGUGCUCACUUCUUCAAGCUAACCUAUUCUAUUUUUUUUGUUGAAAUUUUAAAUAUUGGUGGGUUCGCGCGGAAGAGGGCACACAAACUGGGGGAAUUCUUUGCAAGAUAGAGAAUAAGUUGCAGCAUGCUGAUGGUGCUCUUUGGAUGUUCUUCAGUUGUGGCGUGAAUAGCAGUUCAACUGGACGUCAACUAGUUGUUAGCGAAUCGCUACCCGAAGAGUUAUUGCGCGAUCCGCCGUCGCAAGCGCUACGAACACUUUCACCAAUCUCACCGCCACCAAAACGACCGCAGUCUAGUGGCGUUGGUGGCGCACCACAACUUUCAACCGCAUCGAAUAGCUCGACAACAAGUCGAUCUUGUUCGCCAACAGUUCGUGCAGAAUCUAUUGUACCUGGCAAGUGGACACAUAUUUCUGGACGUGUUUCAGUACGACCAUUGACACCAUCCGAAGCUCAAGUUUGUCUAGAACGUCAAAAGAAAAAGCGACGCUCUUCCAAAAAAGGUUCCUAUUCAUAUAUGUAUUUUUUUUAGUAAUUCAAAAUUCUAUUUAUACCGUAUACCUCGCUCUCUUUAGGCUAGAUAGUUGAAUAAUAAUUAUUAUUGAUUUCUGAUUCAGAUAAGAGCAAAAUGGAUGAUCAUGACGAUACUCGAAGUACCGAUGGUGGCGGAGGUGGCACCAUAACCAUACCCUCCAAUGAGCCAAAAGAGCCGACUCCUGAAAGCCCAGGCUCUCGCUCGAAUUACGGCGAAUUCUACUGGUGAGUCAGUGUAUUUUCGAGAAAAAUUUUUUUUCGGAGAAAAACAAAAGUUUCCCUUUGUGAGUGUAUGCAUGAGCUGAAGUCUGCUUUUUUUCACACAAAAAAUAGAUCAAAAAUAUUUUUUGGAAUUUUUGAGGCUGCAGGUUGAAAUUUUGUAAUAAUAGUAUAGAGAAACUAUUGGAAAUUUAAGAAAUUAUUACAAAAUUUCAAUCUUCUCUUUAAAAACCGUUAAAAAUAGCUUCUUGGUCCCAAAAACACCUCAUUUUUGUACCCCGCCGUCCAAUAUUUUGUCUCAUCUUUGUAACGGGAAAGUGUAAAUUUCAUCAUCACUUCUUUCCAAUUUAAAUUUAGUGGUACGGACAAAUCAAAAACCGUCCAAUACACAAUUCAUAUGAAACGGAGGGAUGAGGAGAGUUUUGAUGAGAUUGGGUAAGUUCCAAUGAAAAAACAAUCGCAACUCAUCUCGCCUAUUAUUAAACUUGAAACAUGUAGAUUAAAAAAAAAAAUUUGACUGACCCGGUCUAACAAUAAAUGAAUGAGUUUGGAUAGAUAGUGACUAAACCAGAAAAAACUAAUUCAAACAAGCUAAGUUGCGGUGUUUUGCAUGCAAAUUGGCAGAGUGUUCAAUUAUUAAGGGAUGAGUACUCCAGGGAUACGUCGGGCGAGAACAACUAUCAUAAUACAUCAUCGUUUGAUGACGAUCUUCUACUCGAGAUUGACAAUUCGGCGAGAGGAACAUCUGUUGCCAGAUUGGAUCGAACUCAGGUGAGAUUUGCAAAGGGGGAAAGGUAGAAUUUUAUUGAUUAGGACUUGAAAAAAAUCAAAAUCUAAACUUUGAAGUUCAAAAAUUAGAAAAUUCCGGAAACUUUUCAAUUAAGAUUUUAUGAGGCUACUAAUUUAUAAGAGCUCCAUAAAAUUCCAAAUUUUCUAGGAUGACUUGAACAAGUUCCGUCAAAGAAUCGAUAACAAUGUCGAACAACAACGUGAAUACAGCGAAAUGAUGGCUGCACUUCAAAACAAAGUUUUGGAAUACCGUAAACAUAUUGCUGAAUUGGAAGGUCGUAUGGUUGGAGCUCGCAGUCGAAUCAUCGAUGAGUCCGGGCCAAAUGUUUAUUUGUUUGACAAUUAUGAUCCGGGAAAUACCUAUAUGUGAGUUAGCUCAUCUUGAAGUGAAACAAAAAAAAAUCUAUAAUUUUCAGCACCAACCAUAAUGUCGAAUUGUGGAGUCCAGCACGUGGAAAACGUGAGACUUUGCUCGGCGGUGGCGGAGCUGGUGGUCUCACAACUGUCAACGUUUUGACAGGAUCUGGCGGAGGUCCAGCCGGGCUUUACAGUGCCGGAGGUCUUGGGGGAGCUAGCGGUGCAGCUUACGGCGGUGGAUAUGGGGGAUCCGGUGUUGAAAGAUAUGGUGGGGGAACUUCGACUGGUGUGAAUUUGGCUGGUGAUCCGAACGCAAAUUAUGAGAUGAUUGCUAGAGUAGAUGAGGAGAGACGACGGGCUGAUGAGUAUCGUAUGCAAUGGGAAAAUGAGCGACAGAAAAAUAUUGCUCUUGAAGAUGAGAACGAUAGACUUCGCAGAGAAUUUGAAAGAUAUGCCAAUGACUCAAAAGAUAAGGAGAAGACCUAUGUCAAUCGUGAGAGAGUAAGUUUUCUAGAACCCUUACCAAAAUUUUAUUCAUUUUUUUCUAGAAUCUUGCGCAAUACUUGUCUGAUGAGCAAAGGAAGAUGAUGGAUUUGUGGACUGAACUUCAACGAGUUCGCAAACAAUUCGCUGACCUCAAAUCGCAAACCGAAGAAGAUCUUGAUCGUCAGAAAUCGGAAUUCACUCGCGCUUUGAGAAAUGUGCACAACAUUUCAAGAAACGUCAAUAUUACUGCUGGCGAGGUGAGAGACACACUCAAAAAUCUCAUAAAUAUUUAAUUCUUUUUGCAGGGUCUUCAAGCUGCUGCAGCUGGCGGAUCAGCUGGUUUGGGAGGACUUUUGGGACUUUACGAUGAUGCUGGAAGUGUGAACAAUACUACAAAUAAUUAUGAGAAGGUUCUUAUUGAAACAGUUCGUCGAAUGGCUGCAAAUGGAAAUGCUCCAGGAGCAUCAAGUGCUGAACUUCUUGAAGAAAUCCGGCGAAUUCGUGGAGGUGGUGCUUCUGAAGGUGAUGCUGAAUUGCAAAAGGAAUUGAUGAAGAAAUAUGAAGAGUCAAUCGAGAGAAAUAUUGAAUUGGAAUCGAAAGGUGAUGAGGCGCAGAGAAAAAUCGCUGAAUUGGAAGCGGAACUUCGUAGAAAUAAGGAGAAGAUGAAUGAGGCGAAUAGUGCGUUGAAAAAAUUGCAUGAAAUGGCUCAAGAUAUCGAUAAAUCUUCGGAUGUGUCAAAGAGGACUAGAUCUUUGUCACCUGGAAAGAAUCAAUUGCCACCAGCUGAAGCUCUUCGUGCUGUUCGAAAUACGAUUCGUAAUAAGGACAAUGAUAUUCAACAAUUGGAAAGAAAAUUGAAGAUUGCUGAAAGUCAAGUCAAAGAAUUUAUGAACAAGUUCGAGAAUGCUGAUGAAGCUCGUCGUCGUCUCGACAAACAACUCGCUGAUGCCAAGAGAGAGAUCAAUAACAUUCAAAAGACUUUGGAUGAGACUGAGAGAAAUUCUCGACGCACAGAAGACAAACUCAGAUCUUCUGAAGCGGAACGAAUUGCCGCUGACAAGGCUCGCAAAUUUUUGGAAGACGAGUUGGCUAAGAUUCAGGCUCAAUUCCAAAAAUCGUCAACUGAUGAUGCGCAGAAAUUGAGAGAUGAGAUGGAUGAGCAAGCAAAUUCAAUUCAAGAAGAUUAUAAACUUCGAAUUGAUGAGUUGAACAGACGAAUUGAGACAUUGCUUCGUGAAAACAAUCGAUUGAAAUCUGAAGUCAACCCACUCAAAGACAAAUAUCGUGAUUUGGAAAAUGAGUUCAGCAAUGUUCAACGAAGAAUUGAAGAGAAAGAGACACAACUUCGCUAUUCUGAUGACAUGCGUCGAAACAUCCAGAAGGAUCUCGAUGAUCUUCGCGACAAAUAUGAUCGUCUUCACAGUGACAAUGAAAAACUUGUCAGCGAGCUUGAGCAUGCUCAAAAGGCAGCACAUUUGGCUGAACAACAAUUGAAGGAGAUCAAGAUUCAAAGAGAUGAUUAUCAGUGAGUUUUAUUUUAUUUUUUUUUUGAAUAAAAAAAAUAUUUUUUUUUACAGAAAACAAAAAGAUGAGCAUGCUCGUCACUUGUUUGAUAUUCGACACAAAUUGGAAUCAGAGAUCAAAUCCCGUCAAGAUCUUGAGAAGAACGGUGUUCGUAACAAUGAGGAGCUUGACAAAUUGAAGCAGGCAAUUAGUGAUAAUGAGAGUCAAGUCAAUCUUUUGCGCAGACAUAAUGAUGAACUUGAUACAACCAUCAAGGGACAUCAAGGAAAAAUCACCCAAUUGGAAAAUGAACUUCACACCAGAAAUGGGGAAGUUGAAAAGUUGAAUGAUCUCAAUAUCAAAUUGCAGAAGGAGAAACAAGAGAUCUUGAAGUGAGUUUUUUUUCGCAGAUUCAGAUAUUAAAAUCAGAAGUUUUUUCCAGUCAAAAAUUGAAACUUGAUGGCGAUGUUCAACAAUUGAAAGAGACGAUUAGAAAAUUGGAAAUUGAGUUGGAAAAAUUGCGCAAUGAGAAUAAGGAAAUUGCGGCGAAGGAAGCUCGCGCGAAAGAUGCGGCAAGUCAACAUAUGUCGCGUGCAAAUCUUCUUGGAAAAGAAUUGGAAGAUACCAAGCAAGAUUUGAAACAUUCAAAUGAUAAUAUCAAGAAGCUCGAAAAUGAUAUUCGUGAUCUCAAGGAUCGAUUGAACAAUCUUGGAAGAUCGGGAAGACUUUCAAGAGAUAACACAAGUUCAACUCCUCUUGUUGGGCGAGAUGGAAGAGAUGGAAGAGAUGCGACUGGAACUACUGGUUCAGGAACUGGCGCUGGAUAUGGCAGAGAUGGAAGGGAUGGAUCUGGAUAUGGUCGCGACGGAGCUGCUGGCAGAGAUGGAAGUUCCACUGGCGGACGUUCUGCAGAUCCAAGCAACCGAGAUGGUGGAGCUUAUGGUGAUCGCAGUUCUUUGGGGAGAUUCUACAAGAUCUCGCGGCGCUCCAGGAAGUGAAAUCCUUAUUCCAAGCGCGGAAGAUGUUCGAUCAGGUGAUGGAAGUCUUGCCGGAGACGGUGCUCGUGGCGGAACCGGAUCGAUUCGUGGAGCAGAUGGCGAUGAGAUCUACAUUCCAACAAGCGGCGGUGACGUCAACAUCAAUAUUAAUAGUGGACGUGGCGGAGAUCGAAGCGGCACUGGAACCGGAGGUGCAGCAGGCGGAACUGAUUAUGGUCGCGAUGGAUCUCGCGGAAGAGACGGACGGGAUGGUUCUACAUAUGGUCCAGGAGGAUAUGGACGCGAUGGUUCACGCGGAAGAGAUGGUCGAGAUGGUCGAGAUGGUCUUGACGCCAAGGAGCGUAUUGAUCGCAUUGAGCGCAAUAUUCUUGAUAGAUAUCACGAUGAUGAACUCGCCGAGCACAAGAUCAGAGUAAGAAUUAUAUAUUUUUUUUGAUUGUACAGAAAUCAUAAUUAUUUUCAGGAAAUCAAUGAUCGCUGGAAGCGUGAACUCGAGCGCCUUGAAAAUGAAAAAGAUGAUUUGGAGCGUAGAAUUCGCGAACUGGAAGAUGAACUUUCUCAAAUUGGUCGUGGAAACGAUAAACAAGAGAAUGAUAUCACUGAAUUGAAGAGAAAACAUGCUUCAGAAAUCGACAAGCUUAAGAAUGACAUCAGUUCAAUGCACGACAAACAUCUCAGCGAUUUGGACGAUGAAAAAGAACAAUAUGGAAAAGCUGUUGAGCAUUUGAAGACUGUUGAAGAUGAUCUUCGCGACAAAAUCAACAAUCUCGAAAAACAAUUGGCUGAUUCACUCAACCGCGAAAAUGAGCUCGAAAGAGAGAAGAGAGAUUAUGAUGAGAAGAUAAAUAGUCUCUAUGGUCAAAACCAGAAGAUUCGUGAUGAAUGGGAUGAUUUCAGAACCGAAGCUGAUAAGGAGAUUCAAAAGUGGAAGACUGAUUCCUACACAAUUCGCUCGGAAGCCAAAGCUCUUGAGACGAAUAACACUGGAUUGAAGGCUCAAUUGCAGGCUGCAAAUGAUCGAAUCGAUCAUCUCACCAAAACUGUGAAUGAUCAAACUGGAAAGAUCAGAGAUCUCACUUCACAAAUUCGUCGUCUUGAAGAUGAAUUGUCAGAUACUAAAGGAAAUUUGGUGCAAAAAGAGAUGGAUUUGGAGAGUGCUCAAAAUCGCCUGCGAUCACUUGAAGAGCAAUACAGUCAACUUCAAAGUGACUCCAAUAAAUGGAGAAGUGACUUAGAUGCUGCUCUUCGUGAAAAUGAUAUUCUCAAGAGCACCAACACUAACUUGGAUGCCGAUUUGACUCGCUUCAAAAAUCGUCUGAAGUCUGCUGAAGAUGCUAUCAAAGAUUUGAAGAAUGCCUUGAAUCAUGCAAAGACUGACCGUGAACGUCUUCAAAAUGCGUUCCGUGAGAAGACGAAACAAGCCGAACAUCUCAAUCAACUUUCGACACAAUUCGAUACGAAAUUGACAAAAUUGCGCAAUGAAUUACAAGACACCAAUGACAAAUUGAUCUCAUCUGAUUCGGAAAGAACUGCACUUCGUACAGAAUUGCAAAAACUUUCGCAAGAGUUGAAGUUUGGCAAUGAUCAAAUUCAACGAAAAUCCGACGAAUAUCAAUCGACAAUUGAUGAUUUGGCACACGCGCAUCGCGUUUCUGAAGAUGGACGUUUGAAUGCUCUUCAAGAAUUGGAAUCGCGUAAAUAUGAGUUGAACGAUUUGACAUCUCGUCUUGAUAGCACUGAACAACGUUUAGCUGGGCUCCAACAAGACUAUAUUAAGGCUGAUUCUGAGAGAGACAUUCUCGCCGACGCUUUGAGAAGAUUCCAAGCAUCCGCCAAUCGAGUCAUCAAUUUGCACACCUAUGUGGAUGGUGGAUAUGGAGUUGGAAGUGGUUUGCAAGGCGCUGGCGGAGUUGGAGGAUCCGGAGCAGCAGGCGGUGCAGCUGGUGGACUUUAUGGUGACAGUGGAAUUGGCGGCGGAGCUGGUCAAUAUGGACCUGGUCAAGCUGGUGCAGCCGGAGCCGAUGGUUAUGGAAGUGGUGUUGGACCAGGAGGCGGUUACCAUCAAACCGAUAUCAAUAUCAUCGGCGGAGGUGGUGGAGCUGGUGGUCCAAGUGUUUUGGGAGGCGGAGCUGCAGCUCAACGCGGUGCCUACGACCCGUCAAACGUUGGCGGUGGUGCGGCAAGUGGCGCCGGAAUCACAGGAGGACCAGGCGGAUCUAAUUUCGGUCGAGAAAUCGAAAUAGGUCGCGGUGACGCGACCGACGGCGAUAACAACGCCGCCGGUGAUGUCGCUUAUCCUCGUUCCGUACCCUUCCCACCAUCCGUUGACUAUACUGGCAGUGGCGCAAGACAGGGUUCACAAACUGGUAAGUUUUUUUCUACAGGUUGUUGGUUUAGAAAAUAAUUUGAUUCCAGCCGGUGGCCGUGUGAUCAAUAACAUCGAUGGAACAACAACCGUCAACAUCAACGACAAAUUCGAUGUUACACACUUGGAAGGCACACUUCAAUCACUUCUCAAUAAGAUCGAGAGAUUGGAAGUUGAACGAAAUGAGCUUCGUGAAACUUUGCUCCGUUUGAAGAAGAAGACAACCGAAACAACCACUACAAACACCCAAAAAGAAACGAGAUAUCGCAACAUUGAAGACAAUUUGCAAGAUGCUGAGGAGGAUAAGAGAGCUCUUGAAACCAGAUUGGCUUCGGCUAAAACAUUAUUGCGUUCACAAGAAGAGGCUUUGAAACAACGCGAUGAAGAGAGAAGACAGAUGAAGUCAAAGAUGGUUGCCGCUGAACUUCAGGCUCGUGGAAAGGAAGCUCAAUUGAGACAUUUGAAUGUGAGUUUUUCACUGAUAUCACAAAAUUCUUAUCAAUAAUUUCAAAAUUUUUAGGAGCAACUCAAAAACUUGAGAACUGAUUUGGAUAAUGCUCACGCUGAUGUUCGGUCGCUUCGUGAUAAGGAAGAGCAAUGGGAUGUUAGCCGCUUCCAAUUGGAGACAAAAGUUCGAGAAACUGACUCCGACACCAACAAACUCCAGAUUCAAAUUGCUGCAUUUGAAAGUGAACGAGCUACACUCACCGAGAAGAUCAAGGAACUUGAUGGUGCUCUUCGUUUGAGUGACACCAAGGUUCAAGACAUGAAGGAUGAUGCAGAUAAAUUGAGAAGAGAUUUGGGAAAAGCAGAGAGUAUUGAGAAUGAGCUUCGAAAGACAAUUGAUGCUCAAAGCAAGACUAGCCAUGAGUAUAGUCUUCUUAAAGAUCAACUCACAAAUGCGCAAAAUGAAUUGAGUGCUACGAAUACUCGCAAACAACAACUUGAAAAUGAAUUGUUGAAUGUUCGCGGUGAAGUUCGUGAUUACAAACAACGCGUUCAUGACGUCAAUAAUCGUGUCGCCGAGCUUCAAAGACAACUUCAAGAUGCCAACUCGGAGAAGAAUCGUCUCGAAGACCGCCUUCUCUCGGUUGAAAAAGUUGUCAACACUCAACGCACCACCGAAACCGAUCUUCGUGCUCAACUCGAAGGAGCCAAGAAUGAGAAGCGUGUUGCUCUCAAAGAAUUGGAGGAUAUCAAGAGACGUUUGAGUCAAUUGGAAAAUGAUAAGAGAAAUAAUGUGCAAGUUGCGGAUGGUUGGAAGAAGGAGAAAUCGACGCUUCUCAAGAAAAUCGAGAUUCUUGAGAAUGACAAACGUCGCACUGAUGCUGCUAUUCGAGAAACCGCCUUGCAACGUGAGGCGAUUGAAAAAUCAUUGAAUGCUAUGGAGCGCGAAAACAAAGAGCUCUACAAAAAUUGUGCGCAGCUUCAACAACAGGUAUUGUUUUUUUUUGAUUCUUGGGUUUCAAACAUCUAAAUGAUUCUUCAGAUCGCCCAACUCGAGAUGGAGAAUGGCAACCGAAUCUUGGAGCUCACCAACAAACAACGUGAAGAGCAAGAACGUCAACUCGUUCGAAUGCGUCAAGAAAAAUCGCAAAUCGAAAAAGUCAUCGAGAAUCGCGAGCGCACUCAUCGCAAUCGCAUCAAGCAACUUGAAGAUCAAAUCGCAAUUUUGCGCGAUCAACUCGACGGUGAACGCAGGCGCAGAAGGUUAGUUAGUCGAUCUUGAAAAAAAUUGUUAACUAGAGUGUAGUUACCCAUUUUAACACGAAUGAUUUUUUUUAAAGAGAAUACGUUGAUCGUUCAAUGGUCCAAGAUAUUGGCCGACUUGGCUCAAAUGUUCUUGGUAUCAGCAGAAGCAGCUACGGUGACAAUAAUAUUGAGAAUAUUCUACAUGGUGGAAGUCGAUCUGUUGGGUGGGUAUUAACCUAGCUAUCCUGAUUAACUAAAAAGAAGAGUGACUUUGAAAAUCUGAAAAUCAAUAAUUUUCAGCUUCUACCCUCGUUCCACAUUCGCCUCCAACCCAUUGACGCCACCAUUGGGCACAUCAACACCCACCCAUCGUCCGCACAUUUCCGAUUUCCGAAGUGCGGUCGACGCUGGCAGCAGUUAUCGCCGACCAGUCGUCUCAACAACAACAAAUCUCGAUGAUACCGGUAUGGACGUUACCAUUAAAACAUAUCCCCCGUCAAUUACUAGAAUUAAUCAACAAAUGCCAGUGAUUCGUGUGCAUCGUAGUAAGAGCCGCGAGGUUUUACAUAGAGAAUCAGAGACCGAAACAGAAACUAUAACUCAUGACCAAACUUUUGAUAGUCAAGAAGGCGAUUCAAAAACUAUCCAUGUCCCAUCAUCUAACCUCUAAUUAAUUUUCGAAAAAAAACCAGAAACUUCUCACUUAUCCAAGAACCUUUGUCUGUCUAACCUUUGUCUAAAAAUUUGUAGGAUCAGUAUAUGGCGGAUCAAUUCGUGAUUCAAUUUAUGGCGGUGGAAAUGGUCGUGACUCAUCAUUUGGUCGCGCUGGUGAUAACAUUUCACGAGCUAGCGAACCUCGUGACCCAUCUCUUGUUGAAAUUCCAUCGAACUCUGAUCCAAUGCAAACAUCACAAACUUCGCAAGGUGGAUCACGUUACGAUGUUCUUGCGCCUAACCGCGAUGAUCUUUAA